AUGGGCUCUGGGUUUGUUACUAGGCUUGUUUCGCUGCGGAGGCGCAAACGGCUGUUAUUUCAUGUGGUGGUCGUUGCCUUUGCGCUGUACAUACUAAGUAUUUUAUUUAUGCUGUAUGCCGACGUGUCAACAUCGAAGAACUCCGCGAGUAGCGCAGCUACCCCGCCUUCCACGCCCGGAUCUGUCGCUCCUUCAAGGGAAUGGAAACCUGAUGAAUUAGGGCCUAAAAUAACGGAGUAUUCGACGAGGGUUGUGGGGCCGCAAGAAAGGGACUACAUCCUUGAAGUGCAGAAGGCUGCAUUAGCUGAAGCAGGUCGAAGCGGACUGCGUGCUGUAACGAGCAGAACGCUUGUGGAUGUGGGUGUGUCCGAAAAACAGCUGGUGAGUGGGUUCCUCACGCGUGUGUAUAACAGCGAUUCUGCGAAGAGUGGUCCACAAGUAGAAGGGCCAUUGCAACUUAUGCCUUACUAUAAACAAGAUUCCAGACGCAAGGAUGCCCAUAUUGCCUACUACGAUGGAAUUAUCGAUUUGGACCAAAACGCCUUCGCGGAGGCGGUAGAGAACCACCUCUUUAGCGAAAUGCUGUUGCUUGUAUUUAGUGAUUGGGAUGAGGCUACGGAUAAAUACAUCGCACUUUUGCAACGACUAUCGGAAGCAAUGAACCCCUACAAGGAAGCCCCACAAGGGAGCUGGCACGUUCUUCUUAACAGCAUAUUAUCAAAGGUAUCCGAAAACCAAGCACCAAAUGUUGUAACUGCACGCGUCAACGCCUUCGCCACCUUGUCUACCGGUGGUGGGACAGGAAGGGAGGGGCGUAAUCAUCUAUUUUUAUGGCCAACAGCGAAAUCAGAGGGGCCCGUGCAGGUCAUAGCUGCUAUCAGAAAGGCAGAUUUCGGGGAAUAUCACUUUUUCGGCAGCGAGACACUGAAAAUGACGCUCCACUCUCCCAGCCUUUUCUUCUGUUCAGGUGGAAAAAAAAACGUGCACAGGUACGAUGGACCCUUAACAGAGAAGGGCUUGAUCAACUUCGUUCAUGCACAUACAUCAUCACAUUUGCAACUGACGAAGAAAGAGGAAAUAGACGCUGUACUGGGGAAGUAUGACCGAUUCCUCCUCAUUCUGUGCAAGGGUUCAGGCUACAAUGAGGGGAGUGGUACCUCUCCGAUGCGCGAGAUUCUCCUCGAAAAUGACGACAUCCACUUCAAGCUUCGGACAAAGAUCCCCACCUUCUUCGUACAAGAGGAAAUGAUGGAGGAGGCGCACUCGAUCAACUGGAAAGCACUGAAUAUCAUCGAGACAAAGGAACUGAAGCUGGAGAGCUUAAAGUUCUUGGUUGACGACCCCCAAGCCGGUGUGACGGCCGACUUCAUAACUCAACUUCAUGCAUUUCCGCUUUCGGACGACACAAGGCUCCUGCUUUUGGAUAGAAUGGUGCCCAAGGGUGAAAGUAAGGCUUCUCCACUUGAUCACUUUACGGGAGUUGCCCUGCGUUUUCCCGCACCGAGUGGGAAGACAAACUUCUCGGCAUGGGUUAACACCGUCGGGACGCGUCUCGUGGAUUACGCAGAGGAUAUGAUGUCGGAAAAGGCAUAUUUGGUGCCCGUGAGUGGCUUAAACAUGCAGCAUGUGUACGAGCGACAUUUCCGCACGUCGUACCUCGCUCUAAAGAGACGGUUACGGCAACGUCAAGGGCUGACGAGUGCCCACGGAGCAUCAAAGGAAUCAUUGGAGGACCGGGGAAAUAAUCGAUUCUUAGUACUGGUCGUAUUGCCACCCACAGGUUCCGAGAGGGCCACCGGGUGUGAGCGGGCGGCCCGGCGAGCAGCAGGUACGGCUCGCCGUGACACGAAUGUCCAGUUCGCUUCAGCGGCUUUUGAGGAGGCGGAAGAAUUGUCUAAAGAGCUACGCACGGUCAUCUGGCGUGACUUCGAUGAAAAGAUGUCGGUGACUAACUGUGAAGUGUACGUUUUUAAUUCUGAUGGUGAUGUGCGAGGGGUGGACAUGGGCUAUGGUGAACUGCAAGGACCCAAGGGAGGGUGGGGACAACUUUUCCAUAGUGAUGUAGGAGGGUCUGUUGGAUCACCAAAGCACUGUAUGCCAGCCCCUCGUGCCCCCUCCCCGUCGGUAAUGUACAAGGCACUGAGAGGAUUGCGCGAUAGCAUAAGCAAGGAAACAAACGCUGAUGCGCGCGUGACCUACCGAAGCAUCUUGGUUAGUGCUGUGAAAGGUGUUGCACCAUCGUAUUUGUGGAUCCCUGAGGGGGAAAGCGUGCCGCUGAUAGCUUACAACCAGAAAGUGGAAGACAACCGUUGUGAGGCAGCAAAAGAGGAGAGUGUAUUCCUUCUUCUUAUUCACGAUAGUUCGUGUGCUGCAACUGCGAAUCAUUACAAGGCACUUCGCCUUCUGGGCAAUUGUCAGAAGAAGGGUGUUCUUCCCUCAUCGGUCAAGCUACUGGAGUACGACAUCUCCGAUCACUACACCACAUUAUUCACGGUAGAGAAACUUAUACAACCAAUUGCUGCACAAGUCGAUGUUGCCAAACGGACAGCGCUCUAUGAGCGGCUGCAGCCACUUCUACAACACACGGCAUCACUGCAUCCUCCACAAUUAGUUGUUGUCAACCAAACCCAUAUCCUAAGCACGCUGAAUACAGCAACGUACUACAUCCAGCAUUCGGUAAGUGGGCACAAACCUUUAAAAAAUGGGUUUGUUCGCACUGUAGCCAACAUGUUGAACCUCGUGGACUCUGGUAUACACGCAGACAGAAUUGCAUCUUGCAUGCUGCAGAGUUUGGAAGAUGAUCGUGCUGCACGGAAAAAGUACCGUCAUACCGGCAAACCUGAACAAUAG